AUGUCGAUGGGCUUGUUUAUUGCGGGAGACGUCUUCAUCUUGGUCGCGCCGGUCGCGUAUCUGGCUUUCAACUAUCUGGUCUUCGGUCGCAUCUCUCACAACCUAAAGAAUGACAGUCGCAUAUCGAAAGGCAGUGUCACCAUCGCAUCUCCACGAACGAUUAAGCAUAUAUUUGUCUGGUCGGAUAUUACCACAUUCUUAGCACAAUUUGCGGGGCAACUCAUGGAGAUCUCAUCCGACCAACGCAGCAACGGUAACAAGUUGACGCUAGCUGGAAUGAUUGCGCAGCUUAUAUCUUAUCUGUGCUUUAUAGCGAUCGUCACAGACUGUCGAUUCCGUAGAGUUCCAAACUUGAGAAGUACAGCCGUUGGCAGAAAUAUCGACAAAGUACUAAUACUGCUCGCAACUAGCUCAUUCUUCAUACUGGUCCGCCUCGUUUACCGAGUCAUAGAGUUGAGCGGUGGUGAGGGAAAUUCCGUGCAAAAGAGCGAAGCCUGCUUUUUCGUGUUUGACGCGGCACCGAUGCUACUGGCUAUCAGCGUCUGGCUGAUUUGGCCAUCACGUACAAUCAGUAUGAAGAAAUCAAACACAGGAUUUCAAAUUGAAGAUGGCAAGACUGAGUCAUAA